AUGACCGGAGACAAUAGCUACUACCGGCGCCGCAUAACCCGGCCGCAGCUCGAAGUGCUGGUACAAUACAUGGAGCGCUACCCCGCCCUGGCAUUAGCCAGCGCCCGUUCUAGAGAGGGGCAUAUACAACGCAAGCGUAUGUGGGAGAAGAUAUCGCGGACCUUGAACAGAGUAGACCAGGACCAAGCUAGGAGUGGACACAGUUGGCAUCGGUACUGGUUGGACCUGAAGUUCAAGGUACGUCGAAAGUACUCCGUGAUCCAGAAAUGUCAAGUGGAGGGCACGCACUGUACAAUACUACUGAGCCCCCUGGAAGAUCGCAUCGUGAAGGUACUCACCGACGAUAAGGGAAACCUAUUCCCCAUUGGGUCUAUCUAUCAUCAGAUGCUUCAAUACCCUUUGAAGGAAAGCACGAAUAAUAAGCUAAAACCAAUAAGCGACCUAGGCAGAAAAAUCGAUGACGUCAUAAACAUUAAUGACGUAACCGAAGACACACGCGAAGACUUCACGACCAUAGAAAAUGACCAUCUACCAGAACAUAUUCUUCUGCCAGAUUCUUCUGACGUAAAACCCACCGUCGAUAGAUUGAAGCACAUACCCGAUGUAGACCCUAUACAGAUAUUGGCAGAAGAGAAGAAACCUAUAGAAGAAUUAAGAAGGGAGCUGGUGGAGUUUGAGUUGAGGAAGCAGAAGGAGCUGUUUGAGAUGGAGAAACAACACAAGAGGGAAAAGCAUGAGAUGGAAAUGUCUAUAUUGAUGAUAAAGAAACAAAUUAUGACGAAAGAAUUAAAUAAAUUAUAG